GGUGUACCAAGUAAAACGGCGCGGUGUUUAGUUUGCAUCCACAUAAGUUUAUCUGAAUCUCUCAGCCAUACAAGAACGUUAAAAAUGGCGACUUUUCUCAAGUCUGCUUAAUCUUUUUUUCUUGAUUUUCUAAUAGACGGAAACAAAUAAGAAAAGAUCACGCAUCUCGUCUCUCUUGGAUCCAUUAUUAUUAUUUUGUUGCGCCAAGCUUUAAAAGGGAAUUAUUUUGGGGGAAAAUACUCUGUUUUUUUUUUGUUAUUUUCUCGUUGGGUAGAAUGGGAACGGUUCUCGAUUCGCACUUUCUGGCUCUUACUGCCAUUGUUACUGUGGUUUAUCAGUUUAUAUUCUUCCUAAUCACCGCUCUUUUCAAAAUCGAUCAAGUCACUGAUUUUGCAGGAAGCACAAACUUUGUUAUACUUGCUCUUUUGACUCUUGUUCUUAAAGCCACUUGGCACUUCCGCCAGAUUGUCUUGACUUUGCUUGUUGUGGUAUGGGGACUUCGCUUGGGGAUAUUCCUUCUAAUGAGGAUUUUGCAAUGGGGUGAAGAUCGACGCUUCGAUGAAAUGCGUGGAAAUUUGGUGAAACUAAUAGUUUUCUGGACUCUCCAGGCCGUGUGGGUUUGGACGGUGAGCUUACCUCUAACUGUUGUUAACGCUGCAAGUGAUGGUGGAGGAUCUCUUAAACCCGCAGAUGUAAUCGGUUGGACAAUGUGGGUUUUCGGUUUCUUGACUGAAGCUGCGGCUGACCAACAGAAACUCUCUUUUAAAAACUCUCCAGAAAACAGAGGAAAAUGGUGUGAUGUUGGCGUGUGGAAGUACUCAAGACAUCCAAACUACUUUGGUGAGAUAUUACUUUGGUGGGGAAUCUUUGUGGCUGCAUCACCAGUUCUUGAAGGUGCUGAGUAUCUUGUCAUAUUCGGACCACUCUUUCUCACUUUGCUACUUCUAUUCGUCAGCGGCAUACCAUUACUCGAGGCAUCGUCUGACAAGAAGCAUGGCAAUUUGGGAGCUUACCGAUUCUAUAAAAAGACAACAAGUCCUCUGAUUCCGUUACCGAGAGGAGUGUAUGGGAACUUACCAGGAUGGUGCAAGCCAGUUUUUCUCUUAGAGCUUCCAUUUUACAGCAGAAGUCUCCCUGAAGAAGCUGCUGUUUCAAAGUUAGAGGAGAUCAAAAUUCAAAAAAAAAAAAAAAGAAAGUUAGAGGAGACUCCAAGAACGGAAAAGAGAAAGUAUCAACUGAAAGAUUACUGAUUUGUGAACUCAGUCUGAGUUUGUAUUCCUACAAGACUCUCUGAUGUUAUGAUAUUGAUAGUGUUCUAAAGCAUCCACAAACUAUAAUACAUCUUAUUGUGACGAGAAGUAAUCGAUAUAGAAUAUUAUUCUUAUAAACUAAUAAGUUUUUUA